AUGGAGUUAUCAGGCUGCCUAGGCUGGCACCAGUGUGCCAACCAGGGAUACACAAAACCCACAUUUGGAACUGGGACCCAGCUUGUUGUCACCCCAAAAGUUACUCCAUCUCCCUCAGUCUACAGGCUGACCUCUAAAGAUGACCAGAAUCUGGAGAUGUGCCUUAUCACAGAUUACUCCCCUGAAAAGCUCACUCUUAACUCGGCUGAGCAGCGCACAUCUGCUAUCGUGGAGGUGGAAAAUGCUGAGAGCAGCAUGGAAUCCAGCUACCUGUCCACCUACUGGGCCAAGAGGGAUGAGCUGCACUGUGGUGCCAGGCACGAGGGCUUUGGAGAGCUGGAGGGCGAGGACCCUGAGAGUGGUGCCAGCGCUUUCUGUGUCACAGGACUGUCCCCACACUUCAGGACAGAUGAGCACUUGAACACACUGUCUUUAUCACAGCUGGGCCUCAAAAUAGUUUUAGUGAAAGCAGUACUUUUUAAUGUGCUGAUGACGAUGCUUAUGUGGAAGAAAAAAAAGGACUGAAAGUGGUGCAGUCCUGAAGUACCAAAACCAUCUGCUUUGAGAGAGCACCGUGAGCAAGAGAGGGAGCACAGGAACAUUCCAUGUGCAAGGGACAUCACUUGCUGUUCUUAUUAACCACACCAGCCAUUAUAUUCUAAAUUGCUUUAUUUGCAUUGCUUUAAAAGUACUCAAAAUGAAAAUUUCCAGCAUUCUGCCCUCCUGGGUCAUUCAGCAUACAGAGCCUCUUCUGCAUGGAGCAGACUUUGCUUUAAAUGCAAAUUGCCAAGCAUUGCUGUUACUUGCAUUAAAAUGAUGACUACAGCCUGCAGCAGGGCAGUUUGUUAAAAGCAAGCUAAAGAACACCUGAAUGGGAAUUUUCCUGUUUUGGUAGCUUUAAGAUAUUCAUGUCUCUUAGAAACCUUUUCAAGUGCAAAUGAAACACUGAAAAGCAAAAGGAGACUGACUCAGGAUGCACUGUCCUGCCAGGCUUUGCUAGAUCAGAGCAAGAUAUCCCUUUUUUUCCCUAAAGGAUGAGCUGCAGGUCUCCCAGAAGUCCCAAAUUCAGUGAAAUUGUCACUUCAAUAUCACAGAAAAAAAAAAAAAGAAAGAAAAAUAAUAUUUUUUUAUUAUUUUUUAAAGUCUAUCUGAUCAUAAAUCAUCCUAAUUUAAGCCACUUUAAGAUUUGGCUUUGUGUGUAGUAGAAAUACAAACCACUUUUGUUCUUUUUGUUUACUUCUAACAACCUGAGAUCUCACAAGUUCUUUUUGUAACAAUUGCAUAAAAAUAUACAGAAAUAUUAACUUGUCCAUGUGUGCCCACCUUGGAACAGUGCUUGCCUGUGGCAUCUGCAUGCUGCUGAUUCAUGAACUGUACUGGCACCCAAAAAUGUCCUGGCAUUUCUUUAGGCUGUUAUCAAUCAAUUCUUAAUAAAAACGAGAAACUUG